UUUCCCAACAGUGAGUCAAACUAAAGUUCCUAGUUGUGGCUUGUGGGUUGGGGUUUAUUAUUUUGCUAGUUUCCCUUCAAGGGGUUGAUGAGAUGGCUGACAGCCAGAAGUUGCUAUCAUACCAGAAUCUGGUCCAUGCCGUUGCCGGAGCUGCUGGAAGUGUAGCUGCAAUGUCGACAUUCUACCCACUGGAAACAGCAAGAACAAGACUUCAGAUUGAUGAUAAACGUAAAUCUCGAUUUACAGCUACAGUUAUUUCAGAAAUCGUCAAAGAAGAAGGAAUUGUGUCGCUAUAUCGAGGCUGGUUUCCAGUCAUCAGCAGCCUGUGCUGUUCUAACUUUGUCUACUUUUACGCCUUCAAUGGUCUUAAGACGGCGUUAUUGGAUCAAAUGAGUAACACCCAAGCAGUGAAGGAGCUGUGUAUUGGUAUCGUUGCAGGUGUCAUAAAUGUGUUAGUGACAACGCCAAUGUGGGUGGUUAACAUGAGGAUGAAGCUGCAAGGUGCAAACUUCAAAACCCUACAGAAACAGGAGAGCAAACAUCCUCGGUACAGUGGCAUAGCUGAUGCACUGUGCAGGAUUUCCCAAGAUGAGGGUUUGGCAGCUCUGUGGAGUGGCACUUCUUCGUCUCUCCUACUCGUUAUAAAUCCUGCCAUUCACUUUAUGUGUUAUGAAGCACUGAAGAGGUCUUGUAAGAAGUACAUGGACCUUUCUUCUGCGCAUUUUUUCCUAAUUGGUGCCCUAUCAAAGACAAUAGCCACCCUAGCAACAUAUCCUCUACAACUCGUGCAAACUAAGCUGAGGUACGGCAAAGAAGAAUCGGAGAGCAAAGAAAAGCUACGGACAGUGUGGUCUGUACUUCGGUUUAUCAUAAGGAUUCAAGGAUUCAAGGGUCUCUACAAAGGUCUGGAAGCCAAACUCCUUCAAACUGUCUUAACUGCAGCAUUGAUGUUCACCAUCUAUGAGAAAAUUGCGUCCGUCAUCUUCAAUAUAAUGGGUGCUCAGCAGGCUGUCAAAAAUGUAUAACUGUUGGGUGACAGAUGGCCGAUGGUUUGGAUUGCCAAAUAUGGCAACAGUUGGAACAACAAGGUCUUUGGUUUGCUUGCAGAACGCAUGCAGUGAGCAGAUCAUUCAAGUAAAUGGAACCAAUUAUAUGAUGAUAUUGAAAUGUUAGGAGCAGGAUCUUAAAGAUAAUGUGAUAAUGAAUGGGAAGCCAGUGGAGUACAUGUAUCUACAUAACUGGAGCAAGAAGGUGCAUGUUUUCUUAAUUGGAAAUCGGGUAAUAAGAUGAGACGCUGGGUUUUUAAUGUCUUGAGGUUUUUUGGAGCUUUAUAUUUUCAUAUGCAAGAAAUGUGCCAAUACUACCAUCAUUAUUUCUAGAAAAAUUUAUGUGAGUGAAGUGUUGUGAAGCAGGCAUACUGAUGUAAAAAACCCUGGACAAGGCUAACAAAGCUUGAAAUGGCCGAUCACAGGGAUGUGAUUUCUCCGUUUUUAACCAGGAUUGGGUUAACUUUUUUAACACACCCCCCCAAAAAAAAUAUAUGUAUAAUUUCUGUUUUAUAUUUUUUGUUUUUUCUUUCGUUUUAAAUUAAUUUAGAUCAAAUUCAUUAACAUGUGAAGAUAAAACCAUAAAGAACGCCCAAGAUUGUAGAGAAGGGUUUGUAAAACAAAGAUAAAUUUAUGUAAGCAGUGUUCGUGCUCACAAUUUUUCACGCUCUCUCAAGCUUUCAUGCUUUGAGCUCACAGGUUUUUUUAAACAGUCUAUCACAUCCCUGAAGUACAGGAAAUGUCACCAUUUGACAAUGUAUUCCUUGAUUUACCCUUGUAUUAAAUACGGAGGCAGUGUUUGUUAAAAAUGUCAACUCAUGUCAUUUCCUUUUGAAGGAAUAAUUAAAUAAUUACAGAAUCUAUGCCAAGUCAA